CGUCGCGGUGCCGGACGCUGGAUACCCGCACCCUCGCCCGCCUCCCCCCGCGGCCCCGGGGCUCAAGGUCUGGAUCCCCCGCACCAGCUGGGGCAGUAACCUGCCACCAUGGGGGUUAAAGCGAUGCUUCCCAACUAUGAACUGGGGUUUUAUGCCCUCACCGUGACGUGUGCUGUGGUGUACAGUAGCAGUGAGAUCUUCCAAGCAUCCAGAGAUAGCAUGAACAGAAAGGCCUUUCGGGACGGCAUAAAGCCGGGCUGGCACUACUUCGGCAGGAAGAUGGAUGUGGCCGAUUUCGAGUGGGUGAUGUGGUUCACCUCAUUCAGGAAUGUCAUCAUCUUCGCUCUCUCGGGACAUGUCCUCUUUGGCAAGAUCUGCUCCCUGACGGUGCCACAGCACCGGGCUGUGGUGUACAUGCUGUAUGGGUUCUUGGCCGUGCUAAGCAGCAUGGGGCCCGUCUACCUGAUGAUCAUCCUUUCCCACUGCCUUGUCCUCUACUCCAUCGCGCUGGCUAAGCAGAAGUGGCUCUGCUAUGUGGCCGGGCUCUGCUGUCUCGCCUCCUUCAAGAUGGAGCCGUUUAGCUCAUGGCAGAGCGGGUUUGUAAUGGGAGCUUUUGAUCUUCAAGAUGUCCUAUUCUAUGGAGGAAGUGGGUUCACUAUUAUGCGCUGCAUGAGCUUUGCACUCGAGAGUGCUGAGAAGAAAGAGGGCAUCUACUCCAUCUUCGACCUCCUCAAGUACAACUUCUACCUCCCAUUCUUCUUCUUUGGGCCUGUCAUGACUUUUGACCAGUUUCUUGCCCAGGUGAGCACCCGAGAGCUCAGACGCAAAGAUGAUGAGAUGAGGAACAUCCGGGCGCAUGCCCUCAUCCACGUGGGGGCCAUCAUUGCUGUGGACAUCUUCUUUCACUUCUUCUACAUCCUCACUCUCCCUUCUGACCUGAAGUUCAUGAACCGCCUCUCAGACUGGUCCUUGGCUGGCCUGGCCUACUCCAAUUUGGUGUAUGAUUGGGUGAAAGCUGCUGUCAUGUUUGGGGUCAUCAACACCAUUGCCAGACUGGACCACUUGGACCCACCUCAGCCCCCCAAAUGCAUCACCAUGCUCUAUGUCUUUGCAGAAACGCAUUUUGACAGAGGGAUUAAUGACUGGCUAUGCAAGUAUGUGUAUGAUCACAUCGGAGAGAACCAUGACAACAUCAUUAAGGAGCUCAUGGCCUCCAUCUCCACCUUUGCCAUCACCACCCUGUGGCUAGGACCCUGUGAGAUCAUUUACAUCUGGUCUGUCUUCAACUGCUUUGGCCUCAACUUUGAGCUUUGGGUGCAGAAGUUCUUCCAGCAGGCGCCCUUUGUCAAACUGGAGAGCAAAUUCCCACGUGCCCCUAUGACAUUUAGGCUGAGUGUGGAGCUUUCAGAGGGAAAAUGGAGGUCCAAGAGAACAAGACGUGCAGCCCCAACGAGUGUCAAAGUACCACAGAUGAUAGACACACAAUCUGAGGUCUCAGAAGAAUUGCGUCUCUACCAGCAAACUCUUCUCCAGGAUGGACUCAAAGAUAUGUUGGACCACAAUAAGUUUCUGGACUGUGUCUUAAAAGUCAAGGGGAAAGAAUUUCCCUGCCAUCGGCUGGUACUGGCAGCAUGCAGCCCAUAUUUCCGAGCGAUGUUCCUCUCGGACAUGGAAGAGAGUAAGAAGAGGGAGGUCAGUUUGGAAGAUGUUGAUCCGGAUGUCAUGGGCAAGAUCCUCCAUUAUAUCUACACCUCUGAGCUGGAGAUCACAGAGCAGAAUGUGCAGGACAUCUUCUCCGUGGCCAACAUGUUCCAGAUCCCCUCCAUCUUCACCGUCUGCGUGUCCUUCUUGCAGAAGCGGCUUUGCCUCAGUAACUGCUUGGCUAUCUUCAGGCUGAGCUUGAUGCUGGAUUGUGCCCGGCUGGCCGUGGCAGCUCGGGAUUUCAUUUGUGAUCGUUUUGCACUGGUUUCUCGUGACGAGGAGUUCUACCAGCUCUCCCCUGACGAGCUUAUUGCAGUCAUCUCCAGUGACUCCCUCAACAUUGAGAAAGAGGAGACUGUCUUCGAAGUGGUGAUGAAGUGGGUGGGGACCAAGGACCAUGACAGCCGGCAGAAGGCCUUGCCUGUCAUCUUUGAAAGCAUCCGCUUCCGCCUCAUGCCCAAUGACUACAUCAAGGACCAUGUGGAAAAGCACGCCAUGGUGAAGUCCAGCCCAGAGCUGCUUAAGAAACUGCAGAUGGUGAAGGAUGCCCAAAAAGGCAAAUUCACUGUGGUGAGGAAGAAGAAAGUGAAGAAAAGCAGUGAAAAGCAAGAGAAAGACAAUGUUGUCAAUGGAGCAGUAGAUGAGGAAGAAGAUAUAGAGGAGGAUGCUCUCCCAGGGAUCUUAAAUGACACAAUGCGCUUUGGGAUGUUCCUUCAGGACCUUAUUUUCAUGGUGAGCGACAGUGGAGCAGUGGCCUAUGACCCCACUGCCAAUGAGUGCUACUUUGCCUCCCUGUCUACUCAAAUCCCAAAGAACCACAUCAGUCUGGUGACCAAAGAGAAUCAGAUCUUCAUUGUUGGAGGACUAUACUACAACGAGGAUAGCAAAGAGGAUCCCAUGAGUUCCUAUUUCCUACAGUACGACCAUCUGGAUGCAGACUGGCUGGGGAUGCCUCCCCUGCCCUCCCCUCGCUGCCUCUUUGGCCUGGGAGAGGCAGAAAACUCUAUAUUUGUGGUUGGAGGGAAAGAACUGAAAGAGGGAGAGAAGACUUUGGAUUCAGUCCUGUGCUACGACCGGCUGUCCUUCAAGUGGGGUGAAGCCGAUUCCCUCCCUUAUGCAGUCUACGGCCAUGCGGUGGUAUCGCAUAACAGUCUCGUCUAUGUCAUCGGUGGCAAAGGAAGUGAUAAGAAGUGCCUGAAAAAGAUGUGUGUCUACAAUCCAUCCAAGUUUGAGUGGAAGGAGCUGGCUCCCAUGAAAACUGCCCGCUCCUUGUUCGGAGCCACCGUGCAUAAGGACAAGAUCUAUGUGGCAGCUGGCGUGACCGACUCUGGUUUGACCAACUCAGUGGAAGUCUAUGACAUUGUCACCAACAAGUGGGACACCUUCACUGAGUUCCCGCAGGAGCGCAGCUCCGUCAGCCUGGUGAGUUUGGCUGGGGUGCUCUACCUGCUUGGAGGGUUCGCCACAGUGGAGACAGAGUCGGGAGAGCUGGUGCCAACGGAACUGAACGAUGUUUGGAGAUAUGACGAAGAGCAGAAGAAGUGGGAAGGGGUCCUCCGGGAGAUCCAAUACGCCUCUGGUGCCACUUUCCUUCCUGUGCGCCUCAAUGUUUUGCGCCUAACGAAGAUGUAG